UAUUCGGUGGAGUGGCGAUAAAAAUAAACACUUCUGGUCAGUUUAGAUUGUUGAACCGACCAACGGAAUACAAAAAAAGGCGAUCAAUCUCCGCCCCGCCGGCGAAUUUUCCGGCACUCCUCCGAUCAAUUCAAGGUAAUAAGUGUAAACCUAGCGAACAGAAUGAGUCAGGUGUUCGAAGGAUACGAACGGCAAUACUGUGAGCUUUCUGCUAAUUUAUCGAAGAAGUGCACCUCAGCUACUCUCCUGGAUGGAGAGCAAAAGAAGCAGAAAAUUUCCGAAGUAAAAAAUGGAAUGGAAGAUGCGGAGGCAUUGAUCCGCAAAAUGGAUCUUGAGGCUAGGAGUUUACCACCAAAUGCAAAAGCCAUGCUUCUUGCAAAGUUAAGAGAAUAUAAAAGUGAUUUGAACAAUUUGAAAACUGAAGUGAAAAGAAUUACAUCAGAUAAUGCUAACCAAGCCUCAAGGGAUGAGUUGUUGGAAUCUGGGAUGGCAGAUGCUAAGAUGGUAUCUGCUGAUCAAAGGCAAAGGUUGAUGAUGUCAACUGAGAGAUUAAACCAGUCCAGUGAUAGAAUCAGAGAAGGCCGUAAAGUUAUGCUGGAAACCGAAGAACUUGGAGUUUCAAUUCUUCAGGAUCUGCACCAACAACGUCAGUCUCUCCUGCAUGCACAUGAUACGCUUCAUGGGGUGGAUGACAAUAUCAGCAGGAGCAAGAAGAUACUGACCACAAUGUCAAGAAGGAUGAACAGGAACAAAUGGAUCAUCGGUUCAAUCAUUGCUGUCCUAGUGGUUGCAAUCAUAUUGAUUAUUUAUUUCAAGCUUAGCCAUUAGUUGAAGUGUCCCAGGCUUUGGAUAUGGCUGAAAUAUGUUGUUUUUUUUUUUUUUUUAAUUUCUGGUUCUCUGGUGUUCUUGUGUGGAAUUUGAAACUGCAUUUCUAUGUUUGCAAUUCUUAUAUAAUGGUAAAAUGCCGCUUUUUGUGUUAUACUUGAA